AUGUGCGAUAGAAAGCAUAUGCCUCGUGUGGGUUCCUCACCAUCACUGCCUCUAAUAAUCCUUGUCCUCUCCUCUCUUCUGACAUAUUCAAUAGUAGGUGCCACAACUCUCCACGGUGAUGCCAACACCGACUUCCAAGCCCUCCGUUGCCUUAAAAUCCAUCUCGCCACUUCUUCUGGGCUCCUAGCCUCAUGGAAGAUUGACGAUCCCCUCCACCAUUUCUGCACUUGGUCCGGUGUUACUUGCAGCAAGAGGCACACAUCUCGCGUUGUUGCACUCGACCUCGAGUUGCUCCACCUAGAUGGCCAAAUACCUCCUUGCAUUGCCAAUCUCACUCUCCUCACAAGAAUCCACCUACCAUCCAAUCAGCUUACGGGUCUGAUCCCUGCUGAACUUGGCCUAUUGAGUAGGUUGCAGUAUCUUAACCUCAGCUCAAACAACCUUGGUGGCAUGAUCCCAAACAACCUAUCCACAUGUUCUCAGCUUCGAGUCAUUGAUCUUGGGAGCAACUUCAUCAAUGGUGAGAUCCCACCAAACCUAAGCCAAUGUUCAAAUAUACAGCAGCUGAACUUGGAUGACAACAAGCUCACUGGUGGCAUCCCAGAAGGGUUGGGAACACUCCGCAAUCUUUCUGUUUUGCGCCUUGCCGGAAAUACUCUUACUGGCAAUAUUCCCGUUUCACUUGGAAGCAGCUCUUCUCUCCACUCUGUCUAUCUCACCAACAAUAGCCUCACAGGACCUAUCCCCUCUCUCCUAGCUAAUAGUCCAUCACUUCAAUUGUUGGUCUUGACCAACAAUAACCUCGGUGGAGAGAUUCCGCCUGCACUAUUUAACAGCACAUCACUCCAAGUUUUAUCCCUGGCAGUAAACAACUUUACCGGGUCCAUACCUGCUGUUUUCCCCAAUAUUGUUGACUCACCCUUGCAGUAUCUUAUCCUGACAUCAAACAAUCUUGCAGGCACAAUACCUUCUACUCUACGGAAUUUUUCUUCCCUUUGUUGGCUCUUGCUUGGACAGAAUAGCUUUAAAGGUAGCAUCCCGUUGAGUAUUGGUAAGCUUUCCAACCUACAAGUACUAGACUUGAGUUACAACUUCUUGUCAGGGAGUAUCCCUGCCUCUGUUUACAACAUAUCAGCACUCACAUACCUUGCCAUGGGUGCGAAUAUUCUUGCAGGGGAAAUUCCAUAUAACAUUGGAUAUACCCUUCCAAGAAUCCAAACUUUGGAUAUGGGAAUGAAUAAAUUCCAUGGCCAAAUUCCCACUUCACUAGCCAAUACGACAUAUCUUCAAGAGAUUAAUCUCUCUAACAAUUCAUUCCAUGGUAUUGUGCCUUCUUUUGGAACUCUUCCCAACUUAAUUAGCCUGAAUCUUGGUGAGAAUCAUCUCGAAGCAGGAGAUUGGUCUUUCUUAACCUCUUUGACCAAUUGCACCCAACUGGUGAAAUUAUUCUUGGAUGCAAACAUCCUUCAAGGAUAUUUGCCGAGUUCCAUUGGAAGCCUUUCAGAGAGCUUAGAGGUAUUGUUAUUAAGAGAAAAUAAAAUAUCAGGCACGAUACCACAGGAGAUAGAGCACCUCACAAACAUCAAAACUCUUUACAUGGAAAAAAAUUUGCUUAGUGGAAGUAUCCCAGAAUCACUUGGAAAUCUUCAAAACUUGUUUGUCCUAAGCUUAUCCCAGAACAAACUUUCUGGACAAAUUCCGCUAUCAAUUGGCAAUCUAAGCCAAUUGAGUGAGCUAUAUUUACAGGAAAAUAAUUUGAGUGGCCCGAUCCCAGAAGCUCUAGGAGACUGCAAAAAAUUGGACAUACUGAACCUCUCUUGUAACAGCUUCGAUGGUAGCAUACCAAAGGAGCUCUUUACUCUUUCUUCCCUUGCAGAAGGUUUGGACUUAUCUCACAACAAACUCUCAGGAGAAAUACCGCCAGAGAUUGGUGGCUUGGUCAAUCUCGGCCCAUUGAAUAUUUCCAAUAACCAGUUGUCUGGACAAAUACCCUCAAGUCUAGGUGAGUGUGUCCACUUGGAGUCAUUGCACAUGGAGGGAAACCAUUUUCAUGGGAGAAUCCCUCAAUCUUUCAUGAAUUUGAGAGGCAUCAUUGUGAUGGAUCUAUCUCAGAACAACUUGUCCGGUAAAAUCCCUGAUUUCUUUGAGUCCUUUAGUUCCAUGAAGCUUCUCAAUUUAUCGUUCAACAACCUUGAGGGACCAGUACCACCAGGUGGAAUGUUUCAGAAUGAAAGUGAGGUGUUUGUACAAGGGAACAAGAAGUUAUGUGCGAGCCCCCCAUUGCUAGAUUUGCCACUUUGUAAUGCAGUGAUAUCCAAACAAAAGUGGUACACCUCCAAGAUUCUAAAGAUAGUAACAAUUACUGCUCUUUCUUUGGUUCUGUUAUCAUGCUUUGGAGUCAUUAUUUGUAAGAAGAGAAAAAAAGUCAAACAAGCAGCACAUCCAUCUGCCAAGGAGUUAAAGAAGUUUACAUAUGCUGAUUUAGUGAAAGUAACAAAUGAUUUUUCUUUAGCCAAUUUAGUUGGUUCGGGAAAAUAUGGGUCUGUGUACAAAGGUAGAAUGGAGUCUGAAGAACAGCAUACAGUUGCUAUCAAAGUUUUCAAACUUGAUCAACUUGGAGCAACAAAGAGCUUCCUUGCUGAAUGUGAGGCACUGAGAAACACUCGUCAUCGUAAUCUUGUAAGGGUGAUCACUGUAUGCUCGACAUGUGACCUGGCAAGAAAUGAGUUCAAAGCUCUUGUUCUUGAAUUUAUGAUAAAUGGUGACCUAGAGAAUUGGCUCCAUCCAACACUACCCGACGAGCAUCAUCCAAAAAGGCCAUUGUGUUUGGGUUCAAGAAUAGUGAUAGCAGUGGACAUAGCUGCUGCUUUGGAUUACCUCCAUAACCAUUGCAUGCCGCCUAUGGUCCACUGUGAUCUGAAGCCUAGCAAUGUCCUUCUGGAUGAUGUCAUGGGCGCAUGUGUUGGUGACUUCGGGUUGGCUAAGUUCCUACAUGGUUAUUCUUCUUCGAUGACAAUUGAUGGUUCUACAAGCUUAGUGGGGCCAAGAGGAUCGGUUGGAUACAUUGCACCAGAAUAUGGUUUGGGGAGCAAAAUCUCCACGGAGGGUGAUGUUUACAGCUAUGGAGUCAUCAUAUUAGAGAUGCUCACAGGGAAGCGUCCAACUGAUGAGAUAUUUAAAGAUGGCCUGAGCCUUUACACAUUUGUGGAAAUAUCAUUUCCGGGGAAGAUUUGUGAGAUUCUAGAUCCCAGAAUCAUCCCCUGCUGUGGGAACCUAGAUGAAGAAGAAGCAGUAAGUAUAUUGUUGAAUCAUCAAAUGGUCGGGGGAACAAUGAGCUGCAUCACCGCUCUCAUUAAGCUUGGCCUGCUAUGCGCUGCGGAGAUGCCUAAAGAUCGUCCAGCAAUGCAGGACGUUUACAUUGAAGUCACCGCAAUCAAAGAAGCAUUUUCAGCACUGCAGGGCUGA